CGCGGCUGGGCGGUCUGUCCCUCCCGCUCCGGCGGCGGAGGGGCUCGCGAGACGCUGUCGCGGGGUGCUGUGGAGACGGAGGUCUAGGGCGCAGCGCCUCGGUUCUGCCACGCUGGACCGCCCACUCCCCGUCCGCCUGGCGCGGCCGUCCCCGCCUCGGACACGCCGCGCUCCCCGGCCCUGAGGGAAAGCGAGAUCCCAGCCCCAGGCCGGGGGGGCGGCGAGGGGGCGGGCGCCCCAAGGGACCAGACCGCGGGCUUGGGGGGACUUCGCCUCCCACACUAAGGUCUAGAAAAGCCAAGGAGCUGCUGCAGUCACAUUUCCGGGAGCCGUGGGCACGUCGCAGCCAGCCCCGGCUGAGGGGGCCGCACCGCUCCGCCGCCCACCCCGUGGGACGCCGACGCAGCCGCUCCACCCGCCAGUCAGGGCCCGGAGGCUCCUAAGAUGGCCGCCGCCGCUUCCGGGCCCGCCCCGCCCCGGAAGUGGAAGCGCGAGGUCAGGGGGCGGGAUCGCUGCCUGGAGACGGCGGGAGCGCCUUCGCCAUGGCUGCCGGGCCCAUUUCCGAGAGGAACCAGGAUGCCACCGUGUACGUGGGGGGCCUGGACGAGAAGGUCAGCGAGCCCCUGCUGUGGGAGCUGUUUCUCCAGGCGGGACCCGUGGUCAACACCCACAUGCCGAAGGACAGGGUCACUGGUCAGCACCAAGGCUAUGGUUUCGUGGAGUUCUUGAGUGAGGAAGAUGCUGACUAUGCCAUUAAGAUCAUGAACAUGAUCAAACUCUACGGGAAGCCAAUUCGGGUGAAUAAGGCCUCAGCUCACAACAAAAACCUGGAUGUGGGGGCCAACAUCUUCAUUGGGAACCUGGACCCGGAGAUUGAUGAGAAGCUACUCUACGAUACUUUUAGCGCGUUUGGGGUCAUCUUACAAACCCCAAAGAUCAUGCGGGACCCCGACACAGGCAACUCCAAAGGUUAUGCCUUCAUUAAUUUUGCUUCAUUUGAUGCUUCGGAUGCGGCGAUUGAAGCCAUGAACGGGCAGUACCUGUGCAACCGCCCGAUCACCGUGUCCUAUGCCUUCAAGAAGGACUCCAAGGGUGAGCGCCACGGCUCUGCUGCCGAGCGACUCCUGGCAGCCCAGAACCCGCUCUCCCAGGCCGACCGCCCUCAUCAGCUGUUCGCAGAUGCUCCUCCUCCGCCCUCUGCCCCCAACCCCGUGGUAUCAUCACUGGGGUCUGGGCUUCCUCCACCAGGCAUGCCUCCUCCAGGCUCCUUCCCACCCCCAGUGCCGCCUCCCGGAGCCCUUCCACCUGGGAUACCCCCUGCCAUGCCACCGCCGCCGAUGCCUCCUGGGGCUGGAGGCCAUGGCCCCCCCUCGGCAGGAACCCCAGGGGCUGGACACCCUGGACAUGGACAUUCUCAUCCUCAUCCAUUCCCACCGGGCGGGAUGCCCCAUCCAGGAAUAUCUCAGAUGCAGCUGGCUCAUCAUGGUCCCCAUGGCUUAGGACACCCCCACGCUGGGCCCCCAGGCUCUGGGGGGCAGCCACCUCCCCGGCCACCACCUGGAAUGCCGCAUCCUGGACCUCCUCCGAUGGGCAUGCCUCCCCGAGGCCCCCCCUUUGGAUCGCCCAUGGGUCACCCAGGCCCUAUGCCUCCACACGGCAUGCGCGGACCUCCCCCCCUGAUGCCGCCUCACGGAUACACCGGGCCCCCGAGACCCCCGCCCUACGGCUACCAGCGUGGGCCCCUCCCUCCACCCAGGCCCACUCCCCGGCCUCCGGUUCCCCCUCGUGGUCCUCUUCGAGGCCCUCUCCCUCAGUAAUUGCGCAUUAUCUCUCUUUCCUCCUGUCACGUUCUCCCAGUGUUGUUUCAGUUCCUUGGACCAACUGGGGUUGCCAUAGCUCCCUGAGGCUAAAGCUAGUUCUCGUAGGCCUUUUUUAAGUAUAAGUUUUAAACAGGAGGCUUAUUAUUUUUUUCUACGUUGGUCCUGAGUGUUUUACAAAUGCACAGAGAAAGUAAAGUCAAACUCCUCGUUUUUC